AUGGUCAGUUUCCCGGUUUCUCUGAACUCCUUUCAGCGGGUACCUCAGCCCAGCAGUCUCAUCUUCCUCAUCCAUCUCCUCCUCAUCCUCCAGGCUUGGGAGACAAACUCAGAGGAGGUCAAGGUGAUUGGCCUUGGCGAGUCCAUCCUGGCGACCGUCGGGGAGGAGGCGGAGUUCCCGUGCCACCUGUCCCCGUACCGAGAUGCAGAGCACAUGGAGAUCCUCUGGUUCCGGGGCCAGGCCUCCGACGUGGUGCACUUGUACCAGGACGGGCAGGAGUUCCCGGGGCGGCAGAUGGCGCAGUUCCAGAACAGGACCAGACUCAUCAAGGACGAGAUCCUGGACGGCACUGUGAUCCUGCAGCUCCACGGCGUGCUCCCCACCGACGAGGGCCCUUAUGGGUGCCGCUUCCUCUCCAAGGACUCCUCCUUCUCCGGGGAGGCGGUCUGGGAGCUGGAGGUAGCAGGAAUGGGGUCAGACCCUCACAUCUCCCUUGAGGGCUUUGAGAAAGAAGGCAUUCAGCUCAGGUGCAGCUCCAGUGGCUGGUACCCCAAGCCUCAGGCUCAGUGGAGAGGCCACCGGGGACAGUGCCUGCCUCCGGAGUUCGAAGCCAUCACCCAGGACGCCCGCGGCCUGUUCAGUCUGGAGACAUCUGUGGUCGUCCAAGGAGGGGCCCACAGCAACGUGUCCUGCUCCAUCCAGAACCCUGUUCUGUUCCAAAAGAAAGAGUUCGUGGUCCAAAUAGCAGACGAGUUUCUCCGCGGGCCCGCGCCGUGGAAGACAGCCUUCCUCGGGACGUUGGUGGUCGGGCUGCUGCUCCUCCUGGCCCUGCUCGCCACGCUGGCGCUGCGCCUCUCCCACCGGCAGCGCCGGGCCCUAGAGGAGCUGAAGGAGCAGGCGGAGAAGGACAGAGGGAAACUCACCGCAGAACUGGGGAAGGCGCAGUCAGAGCUUGAUUGGAGAAGGGCUGAAGGCCAGGCUGAGUGGAGAGCAGCCCAACAAUAUGCAGUGAACGUGACCCUGGACCCGGCCUCGGCACACCCCAGCCUGGAGGUCUCCCCGGACGGCAGGAGCGUGACCUCCCGCGGCGCGGCGCUGGCCCCGGCGGCGCCCGGAGACGCGCAGCGCUUCACGGAGCAGACGUGCGUGCUGAGCCGCCAGCGCUUCGCGGCCGGCCGCCACUACUGGGAGGUGGACGUGGGCCGGCGCAGCCGCUGGCUGCUGGGCGCCUGCCUGGCGGCCGUGGCGCGCGCGGGCGAGGCGCGCCUGAGCCCGGCGGCCGGCUACUGGGUGAUGGGGCUGUGGAACGGCUGCGAGUACUUCGUGCUGGAGCCGCAGCGCCGGGCGCUGGCCCCGCGCGUGCCGCCCCGGCGCGUGGGCGUCUUCCUGGACUGUGAGGCCGGGAAGCUGGCCUUCUUCAACGCGUCCGACGGCUCCCACAUCUACACCUUCGCCGACACCUUCCCGGGCCCGCUCUGCGCCUACUUCCGGCCCAGGGCCCCCGACGGCAGCGAGCGCCCCGACCCGCUCACCAUCUGCCCGCUGCCCGUUCGCGGGGCCCGCGCCCUCGAGGACGACGACGGCGACGCCUGGGCGCAGCCCUACGAGCCCUCGGCGCCCCCGCUGGAGCCCUGGUGA